AUAUAUUUCGCACUCCUCCUCCAAGCCCGGUUAAUUUGUUUCUUUUCUUUUUUCAAUAAUAAUUAUAAUUAUCCCUUGAGUAUUUUCUGAUUUUAUUUAAAAAAAAAAAAAAUUCUAUAUAAAAUGUUUAAAUACAUUUUACUUUUAUUGUAUUUUGUCCACGUCAACUCUGAAUCGCCAAUUGUUGACCCCGAAAAAACACUUGUUUGGGGACCCGGUUUAAAACCCGAUCAAAUUGUCCUACCAGCGAGAUAUUUUUUCAUUCAAGCUGUUGAUAAAAAUGGCAAAAAUUUUGUCCAUUCACCACAGCAACAAUUUGUAAUAAAUAUUAAAGGAAACUCUCCGCACGGCAAAUGCCGCAGUAAUGUCAACACAAUCGACCGUGGCGAUGGCUCCGCCAUCGUCCGCUACACAAUUGCCGAUUGGUGUGAUAAUAUGGAAAUCGAAAUUAAGUACAAUGGCUCUCAUGUAGCCGCAUCGCCUUAUUACACUCGAGAGACUGCAUAUUCAGAGAAAUGCAAUUGUCCUCAGGAUUUAAGCCUUUGGCUAAUGAAUAAUGAUUGUCCACGGAGUGACAAACAAAUUGAAUGGGAUUUGCAUUCAUUUAAACGAGUUAACUUCUCUGCGAUUCGUGACAAUCUUUUGAAACGUUACAAUAUGCCAAACAGUGUUUCACUGUGUCAUUAUGUUGUUAAGAAUCAGGGAAUCUAUCGACAGUGUUAUGGAAAGUAUACAGGUUUCAAGAUGUUUAUGGAUGCUACAUUGCUUUCGUUGACUAGAAUGGCUAUCCUCCCCGAUAUGGAGUUCUAUUUGAAUCUUGGUGAUUGGCCAUUGUCGAAGAAGGGUGGACAGCAAAGAACUUCAGGGCCAUAUCCGAUAUUUUCUUGGUGUGGCAGUGAUGAUUCUCAUGAUAUUGUUUUGCCGACAUAUGAUUUGACUGAAUCGACUUUGGAAAGUAUGGGAAGAGUUAGUUUGGAUAUGUUGUCUGUUCAAAGGGAGAACUAUCCAUGGGAGAGUAAGGAAACUAAGGCAUUUUGGCGUGGAAGGGAUUCACGUCGAGAGCGAUUGGAUCUAUUGGAUUUGGCUAGGAAACAUCCUGAUCUCAUUAAUGCAUCGAUUACGAAUUUCUUUUUCUUCCGCGAUGAGGAGGAUAAAUAUGGACCAACUGUUGCGCAUAUUUCAUUUAUGGAUUUCUUUAAAUACAAGUACCAGCUAAAUAUCGAUGGAACCGUGGCUAGUUAUAGAUUCCCUUACCUUUUGGGUGGAGAUGCUAUGGUUUUGAAGCAAAUCUCGCCUUUCUAUGAGCAUUUCUAUAGCAAGCUUGUGCCAUUUAAACAUUAUGUGCCAUUCAAGAGAGAUCUGAGUGAUCUUCUGGAGAAAAUAAAAUGGGCCAAGGAGAACGAUGAACGAGCAAAGGAAAUUGCUGCUGCAGGUCGGGCAUUUGCUCAGGAAAAUUUAAUGCCACAAAACAUUUAUUGUUACCACUUGGCCCUUUUUAAGGAAUGGAGUACAAGAUUAGUUUCGCCAAUUGUAGUUUUGCCGGGUAUGGAAAAAGUCGAACAAACAAGCAAAUGCACAUGCAAAUCAGCCUAUCGAAAGGAUGAACUUUAAAAGCACAACAAUCAACAAAAUGAAAUUAUUAUAUUAUAGAAAUUUUUAUCGAUCUCGAGAUAUCAAAAUAUCAUAAAAAAAUGUGUGUGAUAUCAAUUUUUCUGAUCAAAAAAACCAACCUCCGUGAAAAUGGCCGUCUGUUUAUUUUUAUAUAAAAAGAGGUAUAUACUCUGGUUUUUUAUAUAAUAAAUACUUUGUAUUUUGUAAUUACAAAACAAAAAAACAAAAUCAAAACAAAAACAACGUAUUUUAUACAACACGAUUUUAUUUAUAGUAUUUUUGCACCGAAAUGGAAAUUUAUUUCCAUUUUCAAAUAUUUGUGUGUCUCCCUUUUGGAGAAGAGAGUGGUUGUUUGUAUUUAAUUUUUAGAAAAUAAUCAAAUUCAUACAAUAUUCAUCACAAAAUAGAAGUGUAUUUCUAUAAAAAAAAAAAAUAAAUAAAUAAAUAAAACACAAAAACGCAUACAUUUUACACGUAAUGAUCACAGAAAAA